ACCAAUAAGGCUCGGUCGUAAUGUUAUCAGUCGUUAAUACAUACGCUAAACUAUUUUUCUCUAAUUAAAUAAACAUUUUAUUUUUGAACAUUCACUGAAGGUGGCCGAGUGCGAAAUGUUUCCGCCGACGCGCAUUCGAAGCUGCCUUCCAGUCAUAAACCCGAUGUUCAAGCGAUUGAAGCCCCACAGGCCAUUUCGUCAAGCAAAUCUUUACCAGACAAAGAGCGUUAAUACAACGGCGCAACUUCAGAAAUCUAAAUGGACAAACGUUCGUGCUAUAUUCACAAGAUGGGUCCCUCUUGGCAGUGUUAUGUACGUAGGAUGGUGUUACAUUCGAGCUACAAUCAACUACGAGAUAUCGAAAGUGGAAAUCAAGUUUUACGAAAUGUUUCCAUUUAGAAUUACGAGCAGAUUGUGGGGUAAGAUUGCGGCAUAUGAAAUCCCUGUAUCGCUUCGUAGCUUUGUGUAUGGUACGUACGCACGAAUGUUUAGCGUAAAUUUGAGUGAAGCUGCGAUAUCCGACUUAACAUAUUAUAAAAGUUUAUCCGCAUUUUUUACUCGAGCCUUACGUGAUGGCGCGAGAUAUAUAUCACCAGCUUCAUGCGUAUCACCAUGUGACGGUGUUGUUUUAAAUUGUGGACCAGCUAAAACUGAUAGAAUAGAACAAGUAAAAGGUGUUACUUACAGUUUGGAAGAAUUUUUGGGGGAAAAUAAAUGGUCUGGAAAUGGUAGGAGCUACUAUGACUCAUUACUACAAGAUAAGAAGAAUGUACUGCAUCAGUGUAUUAUAUAUUUAGCACCUGGUGAUUACCAUAGAUUUCAUUCUCCCUGUGACUGGAAUUCUUCUUUUAGAAGACAUUUUUCAGGAAAACUUUUAUCUGUUAACCCUUGGAUGGCUAGCUUGAUACCAGGGCUAUUUACAAUGAAUGAGCGAGCAGUUUAUAUUGGAGAAUGGAAAUAUGGUUUCUUUAGUAUGACAGCUGUUGGUGCUACCAAUGUAGGUUCUAUAGAAAUUUACAAGGAUCCAGAUUUAAGAACAAACACAAAAGGAAAGAGAAAUAGAGUAGAUGAAACAGUCAUGGAAAAGAUUUCUUUUAAAAAAGGUGAAUUAUUUGGACAAUUCAAUAUGGGUAGUACUAUAAUAUUACUUUUUGAGGCCCCAGCAGACUUCAAAUUUGACUUAAAAGGUGGCGAUAAAGUUCUUGUUGGUCAAGCAUUAACCGAAAUGAAUAAAGAACACUCUAGAUGACUGGUUUAUGACGACCUUGUCCAUGCGGCUCAGAUGAUAUUGAUGUUAUAUAUAAUGUCGCUAAUGCUUUAAGUAUUAUGUGUAGUCAGUGUAAUUUAGCAUAUAAAGUGGUCUCUGGUAGCUUAGUUACAAGAUAGAUGUUUAGACCAAUUAUUUACUUUAAAGAACCCAACACAGCUAUUUGUAGUAAUCUCAGUUACUUUCAAGGCAUGUAAAUGAAGAAUUAUUAUGACAAAGAUACAACAUAAUAGUCUGUAAAGCAGUUCUUACAUGUUUAUGUAGGUUUUUUUUGUUAUUUUUAACUAAGCUUUGGGUACGAAAUUGUUGUUACAGAUACAAGGAAAAAUAAAAAAUGAUGAGUAUAUAUAUAUAUAUCACAAAAAUCAUUCAGAGAUGAUAAAAAUUACUAGGGCAUAUAUAGCAGUUCUGGGUUCUUUUGUACAUAAGUUUCAAUUGCUGUGAACUGGUAAAAAAUAUGUUCAAUAAACAUAUAUUUUGACCUGUAGCACAUUAAUUCUCUCAGACAAGAUACUCAUUAUGUAUGAAGCUUGCAUCCAGUAGCUUUUAUAUUUAGAUAAACCUAGUCUUAAAAAGUGUGAUUUAGAACUCAAAUGUACAAAAACUCCAAAAAACUAAUUAAAUAUUAAUAGAAAACUAA